AUGGCGCCUAAUUCUAAGGGAAAAACACAGAAACCAGGCACCAAAGGGUCUGCAACCACGAAAAGUAACGCUUCAAAUAAUAAAACAGCGAAAAAGAAAGUCGAAUCGAGCUAUUCAGAAUCUUAUUCAUCUCAAUACGGUCCAAGUGAUCAUGGAAACUCAGAUUAUUAUGAUUACUACUCAGAAUCGAAUGCAUCUUCAGCGAAAAACACAAAAUCGAAGCCAAAAACUAAUUCUGCAUCUAGCUCUGAAAGCUAUUAUGGCACGUAUUCUGACUUAUCAAGCACUUAUGAUUAUAGUGAUGAUGACAAUACAUCAAAGAAACAAACUUCAAAAUCAAAUUCGAAGAAAAACAAUUCAAAACAGACGGAUACUGAUAAAAUCGCAGAAAUAUACAAAAAAUUCAAGAUAAAACGCUCAAUAGGCAAAAAUGAAACGGUUAAUGAAGAGGUUUCCUACAAAGAAGAAAAAGAUAAAAAAGGAAAGAAGAAAUUAGUCAAAAAUGUUACAAUCUAUAUCAAUAUUCCUAAAGAACCACCACAUGGAUCGAAAUCUUCUAUGGAAAUCGGAAAUAAUAUUUCAUCUGGAACAUUAUCUUCGCCAAUGAAUGGAUAUAAAACGGGUUCUCCGGUUGAAAUACGUCAAACUGUCACUUUAAGAUAUCUUGGAAUCAAGAAUUCUUCAGAUUAUUACAGUUCUUCAACGAUCAACAAAAAACGAGCGAAAUCAAUCGAAGUUUACAAUAAGAACAACGAUUCUAAAGUACCUACAAAGAAAGCAACAAAAGGAAAGAAUCAAAGUUCAAAACGAUCUUCUAAAAAUCGUUCAAAAUCUGUCGAACCAAAAUCGAACAGAAGGGAUGAGAACUCAUCAUUAUACGCGGAUUACUUCGGAAAUUCAGAUUCUUUCUUCGAUACUGACACUGCAACAAUGAUUGACGAAAAUGAAAUUGAUUAUUCAAGAAUAAAGUCAAGCAAAGCAAGUUCAAGUCAAAAUAAAGGAAGUUCUAAGUCAGGAAAGGUCAGGAAGUCGUUUAUUGAGUCUUCAACUGAUUAUCCUUCUUCAUAUUCCAAAAAUAACUCAGGAAAAUACAAAAAAGACGCUUCUUCAUCAGAUUUAUUCUACAAUGAUAUUAGUGAUAGUGACAUUCCUUCAUCAACAAUUGCAAUUCCGAAAUCACCUUAUUCAUUCCGAAGUUCUGACAUGCAAUACGAAAGCCCUCAUCCAAGCAAAUCAAGAAUUUCUGAUCAGGAAAUACUAAAUCGCUUCAUUCAGGGCGGAAGAGUCAAUGAAAAUGGACAAAUUGUAAUAAAAGUCAACAAAGUUGAUGAAAAAGGCAAUAAAACAACUACAGAAGAGGUUCUUCCUAAAACAAUGAUUACAGGGCAUGAUUAUGUCGCUUCAAAUUCUUAUAUUUACCAUGAUUCCGAAGGUAGACCAUAUCUUCGAGUUAUAAAGCAAAAAUUUGAAAAUAAUUCAAUCGAAAAUUACGAAUCUAGGCUUUACAUAAGCGAUCCUGAAGCUCAAAUCCCAUUUGACGAAAAAAUACCAAACUCAAAAAUUUCAAAGAACGGAGUAAUCGUAAAUACUCUCAAAACAAAGCAAUCCAAGCGCACAGGAGAAGUCAUUGAAUACAAAACAGAGGUAGAAAUCGAAAAACCAAUUCUCAGAUGCAAAGAUUUCGUUUUCAUCUCUCCUAUGAUCGAAUACGAUGUUCGUACAAAGAGAAAAUACGUAAAUGUCAUCAGACAACGUAAAAAUCCUGUUACAAGAAAAGUUGAAAAUAUUGAAUGCCGCGAAGACAUUCCAAACAUACCAACCAUGAUAGAAUCCAAUCUCAACAUUCAAAAUGAACACGUUUGGAUCGUUGGUGGUCAUAUCUUCCGCAUUAUUGUAAAAUACAUUCCAUUUAACGGCGUAAUCAUCAAUACGGAGUGUCUUCAAGAGGUUUCGUCGAAGAAAUCCUCAAGUAACGGUGUUUCAUCCGGCGGAAGCAAGAAAUUAAAGGUAAUCAGAACCAAAUUUAACCAAAAAACAGGAACAACAGAACAAAUCAUUGAUGAAGUCGAAGUAACUGAUGAAACAGUUGGUAAUCAGUUGUUUAUUGCUCCAGAUCCAACAGUUUAUCGUCGGCAAAACGGAAAAGCCUAUUUUAAGUGCUACAAACGUCGCAUGGACAGUUAUUCACAGAUGGUUGGCAACUACGAGUGCGAAGAAGAGAUUCCAGAAUCAGAACUCGUAGGAUGUCCUUCAUUCCAAGACCUUCCGAAGAAUUCGCAAGGAAUUCCUUAUGUUUUUAUCACAAAUUCAAACAAAAAAGAAGAAAAAUUAUCUUUGAGUUACGAAAGCAUCCCAGGAAUAGACUUUUUAGUACCAAACCAAUGCGUUUACAGGGACAGGAACGGCAAAACAUUUAUAGAAGUUAUCAGAACGAAGAGGAACGUCAAAGAGAAGAAAUUCGAAAAUUACCAAAGAACAGAAAAAGUCAGAGACACAGGAAAAGGAGAUUUCGGACGCAAAGUGAUCAGACAAAGGAAGAAUGUCAUUGGAUCAACAGAAGAAUACUUGGAAGAUGAUGACAACCAGUUAUCAAACAAACCAAAAUUGUUCACAAGAUGUUUGAGAAAAAGAUGGAAUCCAUUCCAAGGAAAAUACGAAAUGUACGAAUGUCCUUUCGAAGUGAAUUCUACUAUAUCCGAUAAAAAAGGUAGAUAUAUACUUUACAUCAUAAGAAGUGACAAAAACGGUCAUGAAUUCUUUGAAACUUUCAAAGAAUUGACAACCGAAAAUUCCUCUCAAUUCAAAAAUUUGGAAUUAAAAUUCAUCAGAAAACAAAUCACUGUUAUUCGUGUUAGGAAAUCGAAUAAUGGUUUUGUUGAGUGCUAUAAUGAAAGAGAAGAUGUUUAUUUGCCACAAUUCACGACAGAUAAAAUCGAAGAAAGAUUAAUUCCGAAAGAAAUUUUUGUAACAAAAUUGGGAGUGAACGACAAAACAGGAAAAAUCGAAGAAUUCAGUGACAGAAUGAUCAUUUACGAGCCAUACAAUGUUAAUCCAAUUAUCCAGAAGCCAUAUAAUGGAUUCCUUACUCCAAAAGAUUCAAACAGAUUGUUUAAUUUGUCUCCACAAGACAUUCCUCUGAAAAUGAACAAUCUGAAGGUUUGUGAUGAUUUCUUUAUGUCCGAUGUUCCUAUUCGACCUCUUUCUCCUGGUAGAUACAUCACGAAAGAUGUUCCUGAUACAGAUAUCUAUAUGAAAGAGAGAAGAAAGACUUCUGCCGAAAGAAAACAAAGAAGAGAAUCAAGUUCAUCAAGAAAACCAUCUGUAGAAAGGAAACAAAGAAGAAAUUCUUUCGAAAUGGAAUCGAGUUCAUCAAGAAGACCUUCACAAGAAAGAAAAUCAAGAAGAUUGUCAACAGAAAAUGAUUCAAGUUCAUCAAAUUUGGUGAGAAAACAUUCUUCGAAGAAGAAGAAUGAAAUGAAAUCAAGUUCAUCAAGAAAACCAUCUGUAGAAAGAAAACAAAGAAGAGAUUCUUUCGAAAUGGAAUCAAGUUCAUCAAAUUUAAUUCGAAAACCAUCACAAGAAAGAAAAUCAAGAAGAUUGUCAACAGAAAAAGAUGAAAGAAAAUCAAGAAGAUUAUCAACAGAAAACGACUUUUCUUCUUCAUCAAGGAGACCAUCAGCAGAAAGAAAACAUAGAAGACAAUCAGAAGAAAAUGAUUUGUCUUCAUCAGAUGUAAGAAAACCUUCUGCUGAAAAGAAAACAAGUAAGAAAUCAAGUCGAAAACCAUCCGUUGAACAAAAAUCUUCUCAUCACCACCACCAUAAGGAUUCUGAAGAACAUCAUCAUAAAAGUGAAAAAUCAGAAAGGAAACAAAGCGUGGAAAAGAAAAGAGAAAAAAGUGUCGAAACUAAGUCAAAAAGUGACAGAAAACCAAGUGUUGAAAAACGUAAACCAAGCGUUGAAAAAAGUGACAAAAAAUCUAGUGAAGCCAAAAGCAGAAAGCCAAGUUCAGAGACUAAGAAAUCUGUUGCCAAAAAGUCUUCUGCAAAGAAAUCUGCUUCAAAACCAAAAUCGACAAAUCCAUCAGUCGAAAAACCGUCAAAACCGAAAACCACCAAGAAAUCAUCGAAGAAAUCAACAGGCAAAAAAGUUGCAAACUCUGCUCCUCCAUCUGUUGCGGAGCCUCCUAAAGGCAAAUCCAAGAAAUCGAAGAAGACAAGUAA